GGGGAUGAAGAUUUUUGAAAGACCAUACCGGUACCUGGUAGGUCUCUGUUGUCGAUAAUCGAUAACAGAUCAGUCACCACCCACACAAUAACAAAUACCGCUACCAUGGCGUCGUCAAAGUCGAAUCUUCCGGCGGUUGCCGGCACGAUGCAAACCGAUCCCAGGAGCGGGGGCGUCAAGCGCUCUUCGGGGGUCAACGUCCUUCCAUCGGUAGUGGAAGGCUGGGCCGAAGUCCGAGACGAUUCGAACACGGAAGUCGACUGGAUCCUGAUCGGCUACGACGGGAAUUCCAAGACGGACAUGAAACUGAUCGAGAAGGGAAACGGAGGCAUCGAUGUCCUCUCGGACAAGAUCGCUACAGCCGCAGCGGGCGGUGCUAUCUUUGGUGGAACCCGCCUGCUCGCUAGCAGCAAGUUUGUGCAUUUCGUAUACGUGGAUGAAAACUGCCCAGCCAUGAAGAAGGGUAGGACGAUGAUGUACAAAAAUGGUGUUUUCAACACAUUGAUGGGUUGCGUUGGGGAGAUCGAAAUCGCUCCUGGUCUCCGAGAAACCGAGGUAGGCCCUAUACGGUGAGAGAUCAUGGCAGUGGCGAAGACAAGAAAUGGAAUGCGAUGAUCAAGGAAGAAAAGCUAAUGUGUUCCCAAAACUAUUUCAAGCAUGGCGGAGACAAAAGAAACAGCACCUAGCACCAUGCGGCAAUAAAUACUCUACUAUGAAUGCCUAAUGCGUUUCUUAAAAGUCAAACACUUAUUGGCUAAACAAAUAUGUUUGUAGUAU